AUGCCGAAAAAGUCAAACAAAUCAUGGGGUGAUCGUGGAAAUAUCCGAGGAAACGAGGCUUACUUCGGUCAUGAUGAUCGUGUAAGAAGAAAUGAAGGGAGAGAUGCUGGAAUUCAUAUUAAUUCCAUCAAGCAUCAUGUUUCAUUUAAAACUUUUAGACCUAAUAAUAGGGAUAUGUCACACAAUUUGUCGUUGAUGAAUUUGGAUGAGGAUAUUUCGAUGUUCAGUAGUUCCAACAAUAAUACAAGGCAAGUAGUAAUCAACCAGAGAGAUAGACAUAGGGGUGACAGGGCUUGGGAAACCCAAUCUCGUAGAAGGUAUAGUCUUAUGUCAAAUAGAAAUUUCAAGGGAGGCCAAGUGGGUUUUAGAUUGCAGCCUCUUCACAUAAGCCAAUCCAAUUGGUAUAAAAUCAUAAUACCAUAUGGUCAUAAGUACGAAAAGGAUUAUGUUAUAAAUACUCUCUUGAAUUACAUUGCACCUGAAGUAUUUGUUCCAUUAACAUACAAAAUAAUAGGAAACAAUGCUAGUUUUUAUGUGGAUGAUUAUAAGACAGCAAGUGCAUUAUUAAAUUGCGAUCACAAGAUUAUGAUGAGCAAUGGAUACAAACUGCAAGUCAAGGUACAACCAGGACUUCCGAUCUGCGAAAUAGAUGAUAAAUUGAAGGAGCGAUUAAAGCAGGCGAUGGUUAAGAGAUAUGUACAAGAAACGAAUGCUUUGGAUUUGUCUAAGUUUUAUCUUGAUCCUGAACUUUAUUCUGAUUACUUUUGUGCGUUGUUCCACCCUAUUAUUUUGACGACUGUGAUGGAUAUUGUGGGAGAACACAUACCGAAUUUAGAAGCCCUCAACCUGGAAGGUAAUAAGAUGCAAAACAUCGAGAGGCUCGCUGUGCUAAGUAAGAAAUUCUCCAAAUUGAAGAUUCUUUAUAUCGGCGAUAAUAAGAUUAGAAACAUUAAUCAGCUAGAUUCCAUUAAGAAUCUAAAAUUGGUUGAAUUGAAGUUAACAGGAAAUCCUGUCUGUAACAAAUAUAAAUCUCGGCAAAAUGACUAUGUUGGCGAUAUUCGGAGUAGAUUUCCGAAGCUGCUGCGUUUGGACGGUAUAGAAUUGCCACGACCGAUUGUCUUCGAUGUAGUUGACGACGCUGUCAAAAUUCCUCCGUCACAGAGAAUGUUUGUCGUUAAUGCAAAAGUACAAGAAAUCGCAAGUCAGUUCUUACAACAGUAUUUCACAAUAUUUGAUAAUGAGAAUCGACAACCUCUACUUGACGCGUAUGAUGAACAUGCAUACUUUACUAUGACGAUACCAACUUCUUUCAAUAAUAAAUUAUAUGAGUAUAGCAAGGGAAAUCGGAACUUAUUCAGAAUAAACGACAGGAUCAAAAGACAAAAAUUAUUGAAAUACGGUAGAUUGUAUGUAGUUUCCUUUAUGUCACAAAUGCCAAGAACAAAACAUUUAUUGAAUACUUUUACAAUGGACAUCUCUCUUGCUACACAAGCGAUGAUGAUCAUCACAAUAACGGGUUACUUCCAAGAACUCGAUAACAAAGACGAGCCUAUCCGCUACUUCAAUCGGACAUUUAUAAUUGUUCCGAAAGGUGAAGGAUGUUGUAUUCGAAAUGAACAGUUGCAUAUUAGUCAGCCAUCUGAGACGCAAUUGAAGCAACUUUACCAGCAAUUGAGUCAACUGAGCAAUCAGCAAACCCAGUUGGCGACACCAGCGCUAGAAUCCAUAGAAGAGGCAAAGCCUACGGUAAUAGAGCUUAGCGAUGAUAUAAAACAGCAGAUGACGAUAACAUUGAGUCAGCAGACGAGUAUGAAUCUGGAAUGGAGUUUGAAGUGUUUACAAGUCGCGCAGUGGAAUUACGACAACGCUCUCUCCACCUUUCAAGAAUUUUACAAGCAUGGACAGUUAUCGUUAGAAGUAUUUACAAAGUAAACACGUAAUGUGAGUAGAAAAUUCGUCACUAUGAUAAUAACUCGUAAAUCCGAGAGAGGACCUCUUGUAAAACAAACUUUAUUCUAUUUCUAUUUCGUUUAUAUUUUUAUAUUUUGUCACAAGUAUAUUUACUUGUAUCUUACAUCAAAACCUGGAUAAAAGUAUUUUAUUGCGGAUAUUUAUUGCUUGCCAGUUUUAUAUUUCUGGCAUCAAUAAUUAUUAAUUUUUUCAAAGAAAGAAAAGAAUGCUUAAGAAAAGAACAUUAAUAUACAUCAAUAUAAUUUCAUUAAAGAGAUAUAUCUACAAUCCGUCUUAUUUGAGCUUACAAAAUC